GAACAGUUUGCACAGUGAGUUGACACCUUAAAAGACUUCAGUGCUCAGUGAGAACAGACAGUGAGUCGACACCCGGAAAGACUUCAGUACUCAGAUUUAAUCCUAGGUACUGAAAUGGAGAACCAAGCAACUAAGAACUCUGAAAUGGACGAAGAUUCUAAGCAAGACACCUUUGCAGGAGAUUGCCGUAAACAUGAAAACCCAGAUCAAACCACUAGAAGUGAGGGACACAACAUCAGAUCAGGAAAAUAUGAGGGUAAUGAAGACACAAAGAAAAUAUACAUGACAGAGACCAAACUUGAUGAUAAUGCUAAAAUAGCAACUCCUGAACCCAGCCCACCUUAUGAAAGUUUAAAAAUGAGUUCCCCUAAAAGAUCACAAAAACUUGAACUAUCACAACAUACUGUUAAUGAAGAAAUUAACAGACAGUCAUCCGAUUUAUCUAUUACUGAUUCUACAAGAAAUUCCUCUAAUUUGACUGUUGUGCUGUUUGGAAGCUCCUCUGCAGUUCAGUUUGGAAAGGAAAAUAUACUACUUGGAGAGAACCAAGCCCAUAUCCCCAGAAAAAGAGAAGUGUCAGGACGCAUUUUGUCAGUAGUCAACAUACUUGAUUUGCAUGAGGGUCACCAAGACACUGUGGACCAAAUUACUGGUCAGUUAGUCAAUAAAAACAACAUCCAGGCCUUCAUCUUCAUUCUGAAGCUGGGACAAUUUACAGAUGGUGAUAAGCUCGGACUCAACUGGCUGAAAAAACAUUUGGAGAGGGUGUUCUUUCCUUUGUGAUGAUUAUGUUAACUUAUGAGAGAGAGGAGGAGUGUGACACCAUCAUAGAUGACCUGAAGAAAAACACUGUUCUAGAGAAAUUAAUGAAAAUGUGCAGAGAGAGAUACUGCACAUGUAGUGUAAGCAUGAACAACCAAUCCGAGAUGAGAACACUGCUGGAGAAGAUAGACUUUAUAACCUCUGAGAACAAACAGCAUUCCUAUACUGCUGAGAUGAACACAGAGUCACAUUUUACAGAAGAAGUUCAAGACAGUUUAAGACAGAAAAAUGGAUCAGAAGGUGCUUCUUCAUUGCCAGAAAUGAACUUGGUGCUUUGUGGAUGUGAUGGAGAUCUGAAGUCCUCAAUAUCAGAUCUUAUACUGGGACAGACAAAACAGAGAGCACAGUCCAGCUCAGCAUGUUUGAUGAGAAAAGGAGACAUGUGUGGACACCCAGUCAAGCUUGUGGAGAUGCCUGCUCUCUACAACACUCAGUUUUCAGAACAGGAAGUGCGGUGUCAGACUCUCCUCUGUCUUUCUGUUUGUGAUCCUGGAGUUCAUGCAUUCCUCAUCAUUGCUUCUGGUAAAGAUAAAGCAGAAAUUGAGGCAAUUCAGAUGAUCUUUAGCUCCAGAAUGAACAACUACACCAUAUACAUCACUUACACGAAUACUGAGCAGGAUUUAGACAAAGCCACUAAUUGUCUUAUUAAAAGCAGUAAAGGACACAUUAAUGCUUGUGGAACAACAGAAUCUGAGCUUCUGAUAAAAGUUGAGCAGAUUUUAAAACACAAUCACAAAAGCUGCUACACAACAGUCAUGUACCUGGAGGCACAAGUGGAAACAUUCAUCAAAUACAAGUCUGAGAAUCAACAACUGAAAGAAAUCAUUAAAAAAAUGACGAAAGAAAAUGAGAAAAAAAAAGUUGCUCCCAAGGAUACACGUAACCUGAGAAUAGUUCUACUGGGAAAGACAGGAGUUGGAAAGAGUGCAUCAGGAAACACCAUUCUGGGAAAAGAAGCAUUUAUAGAUGACAUAUCUGAUAAAUCGGUUACUACUGUGUGUCAGAAAGAGACAGCAGAACUCUGUGGGAGACAGAUUACAGUGAUCGACACUCCAGGACUCUUUGACACAAAUUAUAAGGGUAAUGAUGAAACCAAGAAAGAGAUUGUUAAAUGUAUCUCAAUGGCAGCACCUGGUCCUCAUGUGUUCCUGUUGGUAUUGAAUAUAGGACAACGCUUCACAAAUGAAGAGAAAGAAACAGUGAAAAUCAUUGAAAAUGCUUUUGGUGAAAAAUCUAAAAUGUACACUAUUGUGCUCUUCACAAGGAAAGAUGAUUUAAAGAGGAAAACAAUAGAAAACUAUGUUGAAAAUGCAUUAGAAAUAAGACCAGUGAUCCAAAGCUAUGGCAACAGAUACCAUGCUUUUGACAACAGCAAUAAUAAAGAUCGUACCCAAGUCAUGACUCUCUUGGAUCAGAUAGACAUCAUGGUGGAAAGGAACGGAGGAAGCUGCUACACUAAUGAGAUGUUCCAACAGGUUGAGAAAGCUCUAGAAGAAGAAAAGGAGAAAAUACUUAAAAGAAGAGAGGACAUAAUAAAGAGAGAGAAUGAAGAACUGAAAUCUAAACAUAAAGCUGAAUUGCAAAAAAUGCAGAAGGCAAUGGAAGAGGAACAACAAAGACAUGAGGAUGAGAGGAACAGAAGAGACGAAAGAUAUAAAGAAAGGGUACAGAAACUCCAACAAUACAUUGAAGAAAAAAUACAAUCAGACAAAGAAUAUUGUGAGACAAUAAGAGCAGAAUAUAAAAAAAGGAUGAAUGCUCAGAUGGAAGAAAUCAACAAAGAGAGAGUGGAGAACUGGAAACAGUGGCAGAGACAAGAAGAGGAAUAUCAGAAACAGAGAAAUCAGGAGGAGGAGGACAGAAAGAAAAGAGAACAACAAUGGAAGGAGAAACAGAGAAAGGAAAAAGAGAUGUUUGAAAGGGAAAAAGAGGAGAUGGAAAAGAACAAAGAAACAGAAUUAAGGAAAUUCCAACAAGAGUAUAAAAAGAAGGCAGCUGAAGAAGAGAAGAGAAGAAGGGAUUUAGAGGAGCAAAUAAAACAUGCAAAGGAAAGUAAAAAGAAGGAACUACAAGAUCUUCAGAUAUCUCAACAACAAGAGUGGGAGAAGAGGAUGAAGCAGGAGGAGGAGGAGAGAAAAAAACAAGAAAAUCAUUGGAAGAAAAUAAUUGAGUUUAAAGAAAGAAAAUGGGAGAGUGAACAAAACACAAAACAAAAAAGGUAUAAGCUAGAAAAACAAGCUGAGCUAGAUAAAAGAGCCAAGGAGGAGGAAAAGAGGAAACUGAAAGAAGAGGAAGAGAAGAAAAAAAUAGAAAAUGAGGCUAGUGAAAAGAUAAGUCAGAUGAAAACACAAAUGGAAACUGAGAGACAAAAUAAAAUUAGACAAAUAGAAGAAACGUACAAAAGAGAACUGCAAGAUACAUUACAGGAACAUAGAAAGGCUUUUGAAGAGGAAAAAGAAAAACAUGAAAGGGAACGUAAACAAGCUGAAGUAAAGAACCUGGCUUACUUGAAAGCCAAACACGAAGAAGAAAAGCAGAAACUACAGGAAAAGACAGAAUUCGAGGCAAGAACAGAAGCUGAGAAAGAAUUUUGUGCCAGAUUAGAAGAAAAGCUUAAAGAGGCAAGGAAGGCAGCAGCUGAUGAAGUGCAAGCCCAGAGAUCCAUACCAGGCAGAGGGGUUGAUGCUUUGAUUAACCAUAUAUGGAAUUUAAUGCAGUAAUGUUUUAUAAGCACAUUUAAUCAUGAACAUGGUUUUUGACAGCCAACAUACAACAUAUAUACAUUUUGGUAAAGGAGAACAGAAACAUAUCAUCAAAUCAAAAUGUUUAGAAGUAAUUCUCCAACAAUUAAAAACAGACUUAGUAUAAAAUAUUGUGUUAAAAUUUACCAAUGUUGUAAUUAAAAUUAAGGUUUGUUUCUCUACCUUACCUAUUGGGUUGCAAAUUACCCAAAUGUUAACAUGUGUUGCUAUUAUUAUUAUUAUUAUUAUUAUUAUUAUUAUUACAGGUGGUAGUGAUAUAGACAUAGACCUAUCUUUACAAUAAGAUGUUUCUCUUUCAAUUAAUUAAUGUUUACUUGCAUGCAUUUACACUUAGUAGACAAAUAAAUACAAAUGUAACUCUAAGCAUGCACUGUUUGUCUCCACUGAAUGAAGCAGACAAUGUGCUAUUUACAAAAAUACACUCUUUUUAAAUUUUAUCUGAAUUGUGCAGCACAUGUAAGGUAUUUUGAGACAUGUCUCAGCAUUAUCAUUACAAUCAUUAAGCUAAAAAUUAUUAAAAAAGAUUUUGCAUUUGGUAACUUAUAUAACCAGUGGGGAAGAGUUUAUUAUGAAUAUUAUAGAGGUGGAUAUACCCAGACACUUGUGAGACACAACAAUCUUUAUUCUAGUUAUUUUUAAGUCAAGUUGUAGGCUAGAUAUCAAAUUAGGAAGUUCCGUCCAUUAACUGUAGUACCCCAACCUACUGGGUUUAUUUUCACUUUGCCCCACCAAGGGUAAUCAAACAAAUACAGAUAAAGAAUUUUUCAGUAUG